GGGCUCCGGGGCGGCCCCGCCUCCCGCAGCAAGAUGGCGGCGGGCUGGGCGCUGCGGCGGGGCCUGGGGCUGGGGCUGCUGCGGGGCCCGCGGGGCGCCCGGGGCCUCGGCUCCGCCCAUGUACUCCGGCAGCAGCAGGAGUUCACCUCCCUGGAGGAGAAGCCGCAGUUUCCCGGAGCCUCGGCCGACUUUGUGGACAAGCUGGAUUUUAUCCAACCCAACGCGAUCUCCGGGAUCCCCAUCUACCGGGUCAUGGACCGGCAGGGGCAGAUCAUCAACCCGGACGAAGAUCCUCAUCUCUCGCAGGAGCAGGUGCUGAAGUUCUACAAGACCAUGACGCUGCUGAACACGAUGGACCGGAUCCUGUACGAGUCGCAGAGGCAGGGCAGGAUCUCCUUCUACAUGACCAACUACGGGGAGGAGGGGACGCACGUGGGCAGCGCCGCAGCGCUGGAUGACACAGACGUGGUGUUCGGGCAGUACCGGGAAGCAGGUGUGCUGAUGUACCGGGGUUACCCCCUGGACCUGUUCAUGGCCCAGUGCUACGGCAACGCCAGCGACACCGGCAAAGGGCGCCAGAUGCCGGUGCACUAUGGCUGCAGAGACCGGCACUUCGUCACCAUCUCGUCCCCGCUGGCCACGCAGAUCCCCCAAGCUGUGGGGGUCGCCUACACCUUCAAGCGGGACAACGCCAGCCGGGCCGUGAUCUGCUACUUCGGGGAGGGCGCGGCCAGCGAGGGCGACGCCCACGCCGGCUUCAACUUCGCCGCCACCCUGGAGUGCCCCAUCCUCUUCUUCUGCCGCAACAACGGCUACGCCAUCUCCACGCCCACCUCGGAGCAGUACCGGGGCGACGGCAUCGCGGCCCGGGGCCCCGGCUACGGGAUCAUGUCCAUCCGCGUGGACGGGAACGACGUCUUCGCCGUGUACAACGCCACGCGGGAGGCCCGGCGCCGGGCCAUCGCCGAGAACCAGCCCUUCCUCAUCGAGGCCAUGACCUACAGGAUUGGGCACCACAGCACGAGUGACGACAGCUCGGCCUAUCGCUCGGUGGACGAGGUGAACUACUGGGACAAGCAGGACCACCCCAUCUCCCGCCUGCAUCACUACCUGCGGGGCCGGGGCUGGUGGGGCGAGGAGCAGGAGAAGAGCUGGAGGAAGAAAUCCCGCAAGAGGGUCAUGGAGGCCUUUGAGCAGGCGGAGCGGAAGCUGAAGCCCGGCCCCCAGCACCUGUUCUCGGACGUGUACCACGAGAUGCCCCCGCACCUGCAGAAGCAGCAGGAGGCGCUGGCGCGGCACCUCCAGCUGUACGGCGACCACUACCCCCUGGAGCACUUCGAGAAGUGAGGCCCCCGCUCACCCCGCCCCCUCCUGCCUCGAUUUCCCCUGGCUGCGCUGUGCCAGGGGCGGGCGCACGGCACUGGGGCAGCGGGCCCGGCGCCAGGGGAAGUCCUAGCUCAGACAGCGCCGCCCCCAGGCUUAGAUUAGCGCCUGGCCUCGCCCUGGCUGCUUAGGGACAGCUUGUCCCUGGGGCCAGCGGGCAGCUGCCCCCGGGCCCCUAGCGUCAGGCUGGGGCAGGGAGCCGCUUCGCUGCGGGGGGUGGGCACGGAUCUCGGCUGUGGCCAGCUGAUGCCGGAGAGCGGCACCAUCUACCCCGCCCCAGGGGCCAGCGUCUGCCUGCCUGCCAGCUGCAGGGACUCACUGUGCCCCGCCCUGGGGUCCCUGGGCUCCGGGGGGCUUUGCUGUGGGGUGGGGGGGCAGGGUAUUUUAGUGCAAUCUCAUAAAUCAGCCUCUGGUUCUGCAUUCUAGGCUCGGGAGAGCGGUGCGGGGUUGAACCAUGGUUCCCCGGGAGUCAGCCAGGCAGAGCCGGUCCCUCGCCGGUCAGGCCCCGGGCGCCUGGCUCUGUUAAACGUAGGCUAGGCAGUUGCUGUUACACUGGGGGGCUGGGAAAUCCGGCUCUGCCGUGGAGCCACAGGCCCCUGGGGCCUGGCUGUACCGGUGUGGGGGGGUCAAUAAACUCUCUGUGCACUAA